AUGAACUGUAAAAAUGAUAGCAAUGUAAAAAAUAAUGAUUACCAUACCCCUGCAGAAUGGCGGUUUAGUAGUGAACUGGAAAUUUCGCAAUCUGAAGAACAACAAGAGUUGGCUCAAAGGUUGACACUCGAAGCUGACCGGUUAGUUGACCAAGCAAACGACGCUGUGGGGAAAAAUAAGCUAGAGAUCGACCAUCAGUCUAAGGUGAAAGUCAAAGAUAUAGAGUACAAGUGUAUGGAACUAGAAAACCACAAAAACGGUUUAAAUGAAGAGAUUCGGUUGCUGUUGGGCUACCAGACCCGCAUCGAAAACGCCAAGAAACGGCUUCUUGGUGAUGCUCUUGACGUAAUUGCCGAGUGUUUUAGGCUUAGAAAUUGUCGGCAAGGUAUAGAUUUAGUGUUUGAUGAAGUAGAGAAGCAAUUGUUACAAGAACGUGAACUGAUCAAAGUCGUUAACAGCCAACUUGAAGAUUUGGUAGAAAAAGUCAAAGUACAGAUUAGGAAACUGAGGGAGUUUAUAUACAACUUAAUUGAGGAUUUGCAUUGUAAAGAAAAUACAUUGAAAAUUGAAGAAUACAAUGAAAAACUUAAUGAAAACAGCAUUGAGUUGUCGAUUUUGAACGACAAAAACUUAAUUAAACCAGCGGAGAUUUCGCUCACGAAAUGGGAUCGAUUCACUACAGACAUUUUAUUAACAGCCAGUAGAGUGCUGAUAGCUGGUCGACCAAUUCGUGCAUAUUUUGACCAGUGUUUAAGUAACAUUUUCAAAACCUUAGUGCAUCAAUCAGAUGAAGUUGAACAAGCAUUUAAAUUACGGGUAGAAGAAUAUUUAGCAGUAAUUGAAAAUUUGAGCAAACAAAGAGACGAAACUAUCAAGAAUGCAGAAGAAGUACAAGAAACAAUCGACAAACUUCAAAACGCCGUGGACGACAAAGAGUCGUAUAUAGCCCUAGUCCAUACUCGGCUGUUAAAUCGUACACGCAGACAGGGUAUAGAACUGUGCAGGGACGAGUUGGAAGUAAAACUAAAUGAAGAAAUGGAUGAAUUAGAACAUAACGUGCAAAGUCUUAAAAAAAUGAUUGUCGACACGACUGUGUGCCAGCGACGGCUCAAACAGUCAUCAGCCCGUAUCGAAGUGCAGCUGAUCUACAAACGAAAUACGUUACGUAUCGAUGGUGAGCUAUGCGGCGAACAACGAAAACGUAUCAAUUACCGUGCCUUUUAA